AUGCUACUUAACUUGUUACGGACUGCCUUUCCUGAUGCUGAAUUGCCACAUUCAUAUGAGGAAUCAAAGUCAUUGGAGUGGGGUUUGGAUAUAAAUUAUCACAAAAUUCAUGCAUGUCCCAAUGACUGCAUUUUAUUCUGGAAGGAAAAUGCUAAUCUUAAUGAAUGUCCUACCUGUAAGGCUUCAAGGUGGGUGCCUAAUACACACAAGGCUAGUCUUAUCCCUCAAAAAGUGUUAAGGCAUUUUCCUUUGAAGCCAAGAUUGCAACGUCUUUUCAUGACUGCAAAUAUAGCCCGUGAAAUGAGAUGGCAUAAAGAGCAACGGCCAAUCGAUGAGUCUAGUAUGAGACAUCCUGCAGACGCAGAGUCCUGGAAGAGAUUUGAUGAGGACCAUAGUUGGUUCACACAGGAUGCUCGCAAUGUUAGGCUUGGCCUGGCAAGUGACGAUUUCAAUCCCUUCAAUAAUAUGGCUAAACCGUAUAGCAUUUGGCCAGUAAUCUUGGUAUCGUAUAACUUGCCACCUUGGUUGUGUAUGAAGGACCAAUUCUUCAUGACAUCCCUCAUUAUUCCUGGGCCAAAAUAUGCGGGUAAUGACAUUGAUGUUUAUUUGCAACCGUUAGUCGAUGAACUGCUUGAAUUUUGGGAACAAGGGGUACCUAUGUAUGAUGCCUCCACAAAGGAAACCUUCAUGUUGCACGCUGCUUUAAUGUGGACAAUCAAUGACUUUCCAGCAUAUGGGAUUCUUUCUGGGUGGUCAACAAAAGCAAGAUUGGCUUGUCCAUCUUGUAAUGAGGGCACUGACUCCAAUUGGUUAAAGUAUGGUCGAAAACAUUGUUAUAUGGGACAUCAUCAUUUCUUGCCAUCCGAUCACAUGUGGCAAAAGAGGAAAAAUUUGUUCAAUGGUAAAGAAGAUCAUCGCAUUCAACCAAGUGUUUUAGAAGGAUCAGAUAUUUUAGCUCAACUUCUGAUGCUUGGGGAUGUGCAAUUUGGUAAAUCUCAUCGAAAGAGAAAACGCACUGUUGAAGAGUUGAACUGGACAAAAUAUAGCAUUUUCUUCAAACUACCGUAUUGGGUAACCCUGCGUCUUCGACAUAAUCUAGAUGUCAUGCAUAUUGAAAAGAAUAUUUUCAAUAACAUCUUGUGCACUUUAAUGAACAUAACUGGUAAAAUUAAAGAUAAUAUCAAUUCUCGAUGUGACUUGGAGAUUUUGGGAUUUAGAAAAGAAUUACAUUUGAAGUAUGAUGGUGAACGUGUUACAAUGCCACAAGCAUUAAUCUCAGGAUUGAAAAGCCAUGACUGUCAUGUCUUCAUGCAAAGACUACUUCCUAUUGCUGUGGGGGGGAUUUUACGAACUGAUAUUGCAUUGGCCUUGAUUGAACUGUGCACUUUCUUCAAGGGGUUGUGUGCUCGAACCCUGGAUGUUUACCAAAUAUCCCAGUUUGAAAUUGAUAUUGCCACAAUUCUAUGCAAAUUGGAGAUGAUAUUUCCCCCAUCUUUUUUCGAUAUCAUGGUCCACCUAGCAGUCCACUUACCCCGUGAGGCCAUACUUGGGGGUCCAGUACAAUAUAGGGAGCAUUACGAGAAAUGUAGGGUGCACAUCCCUAAUUGUAUCGAUCAAACACAUCGUACUGAAUUUCCAAAUUGGUUGAAGAAACGUGUUCAAGACCAGCGUAUCACCAACCCACUUGGGGUGACCGGUGAUCUAUAUGCAUUAGCCUGUGGUCCAGAACGGUGGGUUGCAUCCUAUACUGCUUGCGUUAUAAAUGGCAAAAGGUUUCAUAUGAAACAACGUGAACUUCGGCGCCGUACACAAAAUUCAGGGGUAGUGGUAACUGGGGAUGAAAAUACUAAUAAUGUAGACUUCUACGGUGUUAUUAAUGAGAUCAUAGAGUUACACUACAUGGGUUGGCGUCGGGUGUACUUGUUCAUGUGUGAUUGGUUUGACGUGAUCCGAGACAAGGGGUACGAGUUGAUAACCAUAUAA